ACAAGUGAAUGUUGUUUAAUACACCACGCAGAGGUGUUGGUAGUUGGUAGCUUAAUACACCAAGCUUUUCCAGACUCAUACGCACCUCCAUGUUUUCUUGCAGUGGUUCUUAUUGGAGAAUCUGGCGUUGGCAAGAGCAACUUGCUGUCACGGUUCACCAAGAAUGAGUUUAAUCAUGACAGCCGGACGACCAUCGGAGUGGAGUUCAGCACAAGAACUGUGCAGCUAAACGGUCUCACCAUCAAAGCUCAGAUCUGGGACACUGCCGGACUGGAGCGGUACCGGGCCAUCACUUCUGCUUAUUAUCGAGGAGCGGUUGGAGCUCUACUAGUCUAUGACAUUUCAAAGCACUUGACGUAUGAAAGUGUCGAGCGCUGGCUGAAGGAGCUCUACGAUCACGCAGAUCCUCAUAUCGUAGUGAUGCUUGUGGGCAACAAAACGGACCUGUCAGCGGUACGAUCUGUUCCAACAGCGGACGCAAAGGACUUUGCAGGUCAUUACUGAAGACACCUUAUUAUAUUAUACCAGUUUACACAAAAUUCACACAGAAACUCAAAGGUCUUCACGAGAUCCCUUCGAAAUGAAAGCUCCACCUAACUUGAAGAAAUUACAACAAAUAUAA